CCCUCGUCUUCUAUUUUCACGAGCGAGCAGAAAACAUACAUUUUCUGCUGCUCUCGCCUUCGGCCGGGUCGGUCGUGUCCACAAAAUCGGCUGUCUGAAGCAAGAAGAGUUCUCUGUCCAGCCGCACCAUGUCCCGGAGAUAAUCCUCGUCCAAAGCUGCACCCCAUCCCUCUUCAGCUCGAGAUCCUCCUUCGCAAACUAUCUUUGGCUUUUUGCAACAACUGCGGCGAGUGAAAAUCAAAGAUGAACGGCCACAACAACCACCACAACCACGAGGUCCGCCAGGCCACCGUCGUCCUUGGCGCCCAGUGGGGCGACGAGGGCAAGGGCAAGUUGGUCGACCUGCUGGCCGCCGACGCCGACGUCGUCUGCCGUUGCCAGGGCGGUAACAAUGCAGGGCAUACAGUUGUCGUCGACGGCUGCGAGUUUGAUUUCCAUCUGCUGCCCAGUGGUAUCAUCCAGCCCAAGUGCAAGUCUCUAAUUGGCAACGGAGUUGUGGUGCAUCUGCCAGGAAUGUAUGAAGAGCUGAAAAAGUGCGAAGCCAAAGGCUUGAAAGAUUGGGAAAACAAGCUUUUCAUCUCAGACAAGGCUCAUCUUGUUUUUGAUCUCCACCAGCAAGUGGACGGCAUGCAGGAGCAGGAGAAGGGCAAGAAGUCCUUGGGCACCACCAAAAAGGGAAUCGGUCCAACCUACUCGUGCAAGGCCUCCAGAAAUGGAAUCCGCAUUGCUGAUUUGAUCGGAGAUUUCUCCCAAUUUACAGAAAAGUUCCAGACCUUAGUGGCUGCGCAUGAAAAGAUGUUUCCUAAUCUCCAAGUGGACGUUGAGGCCGAGCUGAAGAGAUACAAAGAACUGGCCGAAAAAGUGCGGCCAAUGAUUGUUGAGUCAGUUUCCUUUUUGCACGAAGCCUUAGCUGAAGGAAAGAAUGUCCUGGUUGAGGGAGCAAACGCCACCAUGCUGGACAUUGAUUUUGGAACCUAUCCGUACGUGACUUCAAGCAACUGCAGCAUUGGCGGCGUGUGCACCGGCCUGGGUCUGCCUCCUCGAAACAUCGGCGAAAUUGUGGGCGUCGUCAAGGCGUACACAACCCGCGUGGGGGACGGGCCCUUCCCCACAGAGCAGCUCAAUGAUAUUGGAGAUAAGCUGCAGAGCAUUGGUGCUGAAAUCGGAGUGACGACUCAGAGGAAGCGUCGAUGCGGCUGGCUCGACAUCCCGCUUUUGAAGUACACCACCAUGAUCAAUGGCUACACCUCGUUGGCUCUGACAAAGCUGGACGUGCUGGACAGUUUCACGGAAGUGAAAAUUGGAGUUGCGUACACACUCAACGGUCAGAAGAUCAAGCACUUCCCGAGCGGACAGGCUGAACUUGGUGCCGUCACCGUUGAAUACGAGACUCUGCCUGGAUGGGAGUGCAGCAUCCAGAACGUCAGAACCUUCAACGAUCUGCCAGAAAAUGCACAACGGUACGUCACGCUGAUCCAGGAGCUCAUCGGCGUACCAGUUCAAUACAUCGGAGUGGGCAAAGGACGAGAGAGUAUAAUUAAGUUAUUCUAAACACAUCUCAAGAGGCACCACUAUUUUUGGACAAGUUUUUGCCCUGUUUUUCUCCUACCAGCAGUUGCUACAGAUUUUGGAUACAAAAAUCAAUUGCCGACAAAUUGAUUUCCCUACUGCAACGCUAUCUCACACGUCCUGUUCUUUAAUCUUCCCUCUCUAGUCUCACACAAGCUUGAACUUUGAAAAGAGGCUAAAAAUCGGCAAUGUUAACAAUUGCUUCCUAAUUUCACCAAAGUCUGGAUUGCAGACGAUUGAUUUAUUUGUUGUGACACACAAGGUUGUUAAAGCUGCAUUCAUUUGUCGCCUUUCCCUGUCCUCAAGUUAUUGGGUAUUUUCGAGCUGCCUAGUAAUUUUGCAGGAAAAUCUAAGUUGAUGUCAGAGAACUCGCAAAAAUAAAAUAAAAAUCAAAGGUUGUAACUCGGACUGUUUUAUUAUUCGUGUUUCGUCCUUUGAUCGUGAGACCAAAUUUAGAAUAUUCAAGUUAAUGGUGUUUGCAUUAAAUUACAACCAGGUUAUUUUGCAACAGUAUCCUUUAUUUGAAAUAAACCAUAUAUGUGUAUACAGGAUAAAAUAGAUGUAUGCAUAACGACAAUUACAGAUGAGGGCUAUGCUAUUUUAGAUAUAAUUGGAACACCACACAAACCGAAGGUCAGCAUAGAGGAUAAACUUAUUAAAAAAUAAAAUCGAAGAUUGUUAAUAAUUUUGAACAGAGAGGGAAGCCAAAGAAUUUUAAUUGCUUAGCAGUGGUUGUUGUUAAUCCAGUUUUAAUCUGCACAUUUAGUUAUUUGCUCCCACUAUUACAGAUAGUUUCCUUAGCGAAAAAUAAAAUGCACCUACUUGUGCACUGAACAAGAAACUGUUCACCUGCUGCAUUUCCCUCUACUUUUCUCUAUUAAAAUAUCAUUUGCACCUCUCGCAGAGGAAUUUGCAAAAAAAAAAAUGAAAUGAAGCUUUUAAGAUAUCUUUUAUAAUCCAUUACAAUUUUUCAUCAACAUCGAAUGUGUUUUGAGUGUCGAUCCUUAACUAAUAGCAAAGUUUCUUACUGCUAAUUAAAAAAAAUGAUAGAGUGAAUCAAUGAAAAAACGAACAUAGCCAUUUUAUUAUAAUAACUGUUUGAAAUUAUCAGGUCACUUCAGUAGACCUCUUUGAUAUAAAU